GGGUAGGCGAGGUACGGACGCGGGCCGCGUGGAAGCAGGCUUUGCUAGCUGGGCGCGGGAACGCGGGGCGGACUUUUAAAGGGACCGUCUCUCCUCUUGCCUGCCUGCGGGAAGGACUCCAGGCUGUGAAGGUGGGUGGUCCCAAGAGUCGGGGGAGGAAGCAGAGCCGAAGCAGGCGUGUGACCCUCGGGAGGUGAUUCGACCCAGAGCGGACAGUGAUGGGCUAACUGUCCGCAGCCAGCAAGAUGGAGGCGAGGGGUUAUGGAGUGUUCUGCCACCUCCUUACCUCACUUGUGUGCUCAGCCAUGGCCAGACCUCCCUUGCACGGUUCAGUCAUCGUUCCAGACUGGCAUGAGACGGUCGAGGGCAAGGAGUACUUGGCCUGCGUCCUGCGCAAGAACCGCCGGCGGGUGUUCGGAUUGCUCGAACGGCCAGUGCUGCCCCCUUCUGUGGCCGUUGAUACUGCCAGCUACAAGAUCUUUGUGUCCGGGAAGAGUGGUGUGGGCAAGACAGCACUGGUGGCGAAGCUGGCAGGCCUGGAGGUGCCCGUUGUACACCAUGAGACCACUGACCCAGGUGGGUGGCAGAGCAAAGGAGGAAUGGACUGUGGGCCACCUGCGACCCUCCAGCCCCACCUGGCUGGGCCACCUGGCACCACCCGACGCCCAGUAGCUGUGUACCAGCAGGAAAGUCUGUCCUUUGUAGAACUGCCCAUCCUGCAGCCCCCAAGCCCUGUGUGUGCGGAUCUUCUCCCCUCCACCCCAGAGGAGCUACGAGCUCCUGGCAGCCGCUGGUCCCUGGCAACCCCUGCCCCUCUCCAAGGACUGCUAUGGCCACCAUCCCCAGGAGGCUUAGAUAUAGAGAUCUCCACCAGUGGGGGGAUGAGACCCAGCAGGGCUGGCAGCUGGCCCCACUGUCCUGGUGCCCAGCCCCCAGCUCUGGAGAGACCCUGGAGUUCUCAACACUCACAGCCACAGCGCCGGGCCAGCCAUGGCUCAGAAAAGAAGACAGCCUGGCGCAAGAUGCGAGUGUACCAGAGUGAAGAGGCCACUGCCACCCCUCAGGCCCCCUCCGGCUUUCUGGAGACUGGACAGGCUGCACAGGAGCCGCUUCUGGGUACAGAGGAGUCCAGGCCACUGGAGUUAUCUGGGAACACCCGAGGGGGCCUGGAGGCCUCUGAGCGAAGGCGCUUCUCAGCCUCCGAGCUGAUGACCCGGCUACACUAUUCUCUGCGCCUGGGGAGGAGCGCCGCGGCCAGGGCUCUGACCACAGGUUCAGGUGCUGGAGCCACUCGGGAAGGAAAACCACCUGUAAGAGAGUCCCGAAGAGCAGAAACGAGGGUGGACAGUGUGUCGCUGCCAGCCCCUGUCAACCCAAUCGAGGCCCAUGAUGGCCUGCUGGAGCCCAGGCUGGACACGCAGGAAGAGCCGCUUCGGGAUCCCAGCAGCGCCAAGGAGCGGCGUCAGUCCCGCUUCCUUCUUAACUCUGUCCUCUACCAGGAAUACAGCGACGUGGCCAGUGCCCGCGAGCUGCGGCGGCAGCAGCGCGAGGAGGAGGGCCCCGGGGACGAGGCGGAGGGCGCGGAGGAGGGGCCCGGGCCGCCGCGCGCCAACCUCUCCCCGAGCAGCUCCUUCCGGGCCCAGCGCUCGGCACGAGGCUCCACCUUCUCCCUGUGGCAGGACAUCCCCGACGUGCGCGGCAGCGGCGUCCUGGCCACGCUGAGCCUGCGCGACUGCAAGCUGCAAGAGGCCAAGUUUGAGCUCAUCACCUCCGAAGCCUCUUACAUCCAUAGCCUAUCGGUGGCCGUGGGCCACUUCUUAGGCUCCGUGGAGCUGAACGAGUGUCUGGGGGCUCAAGACAAGCAGUGGCUAUUUUCCAAACUGCCGGAGGUCAAGUGCACCAGUGAGAGGUUCCUGCAGGACCUGGAACAGCGUCUAGAAGCAGAUGUGCUGCGCUUCAGCGUGUGUGAUGUGGUGUUAUACCACUGUCCUGCCUUCCGCCGCGUCUACCUGCCCUAUGUCACCAACCAGGCCUACCAGGAGCGCACCUACCAGCGCCUGCUCCUGGAGAACCCCAAGUUCCCUGGCAUCCUGGCUCGCCUGGAGGAGUCUCCUGUGUGUCAGCGGCUGCCCCUCACCUCCUUCCUCAUCCUACCCUUCCAGAGGAUUACGCGCCUCAAGAUGCUGGUGGAGAACAUCUUGAAGAGGACAGCACAGGGCUCCCAAGAUGAGGACAUGGCCAGUAAGGCCUUCAGUGCUCUCAAGGAGCUGGUGCAGGAGUGCAACGCCAGCGUGCAGUCUAUGAAAAGGACGGAGGAGCUCAUCCACCUGAGCAAGAAGAUCCACUUUGAGGGCAAGAUCUUCCCGCUGAUCUCACAGGCCCGCUGGCUGGUGCGACAUGGGGAGCUGGUGGAGCUGGCCCCCUUGCCUGCAGCGCCACCAGCCAAGCUGAAGUUGUCCAGCAAGGCCGUGUACCUGCACCUCUUCAAUGACUGCCUGCUGCUGUCCCGGAGGAAGGAGCUCGGGAAGUUUGCUGUUUUUGUUCACGCCAACAUGACUGAGUUGCAGGUUCGAGACCUGAGCCUGAAGCUGCAGGGCAUCCCGGGCCACGUGUUCCUGCUUCGGCUGCUGCAUGGGCAGCGUGCCAGGCACCAGCUGCUGCUGAGGGCACGCACUGAAAGUGAGAAGCAGCGAUGGAUCUCAGCCUUGCGGCCCUCCAACCCCCAGGAGGACAAGGAGGUUAUCAGUGAGGGGGAAGACCGCCCUCAGGUUCAGUGUGUGAGGACUUACAAGGCCCUGCAGCCGGAUGAGCUGACCUUGGAAAAGACUGACAUCUUGGCGGUGAAGACCCGGACCAGUGAUGGCUGGCUGGAGGGAGUCCGCCUGGCCGAUGGUGAGAAGGGAUGGGUGCCACAGGCUCACGUGGAGGAGAUCAGCAGCCUCAGCGCUCGCCUUAGGAACGUCCGUGAGAACCAGAGGGUCACCAAAGCCAGCAGCAAGCUGGGGGACCCUCUGGCUUGAGCUUCGGAUGACAUCCACUGGGCGGCCAGGCAGGCUGCUGCUUCUGGGGAGGGUGCCCUCCCACUGCCCUGCCCUUAACUGGGGGACUCUCAGCUCUCCUGCAGGUCCUCCUGGGUCCCACAGGUGCUGUUGGGUUAUGGGACCUGUAAGUGCCUGGGGGCUUCUCUGCUGCCUCCCUGAUGGGAGGUGAUGGGGCUGCGGAUUCUCUAAAUCCACCCUGUCUGCCUCUGUAUGCAGACUUUGCACUGGCCUUUCUUUCUCCCCAUGAAAGCUCCCAGGCUCCUCUGUCACUUGUCUUUUGUGUCCCACCCGCAAGGGAGCCCUGUGGGCAGACCCAGGCAGGCUUGAAUAUUAAAGAGACUCCAGGAAUUCUUA